AUGGGGAAGGGGCCUUCGAGGUCCAGACGCGGCGCCCGGAGCCCGCGAUGUGUCGCGAGCCGCAGCAGCUCCGCGGUCCACGUGCGACCGAGCCGCGUUUGUUUAUGGCGGACCCGCCUUCGGGCGGAGCACUCGGCAGCCGCGGCCCUGGGAGGGGGGCGGGAGGGGGGAGGGACCGCGGCGGGGGCGGGGGCGGCGAAUCUCGCCUCCCGACCCCGCCGCGGCCCCGGAGUCACAGGCGCGCCUCCGCGUCGCUGCCUCCAGGGACUCUCCCAGGAGAGGCCCGCGCGCUCCCGGCCUCGAGGAAGUUGCGCGGCCGGCGUGGUAGGCGGGUUUCCCAAGAGGUCUAAAACACUCUUCCCUCCACGGAGGAGAAAGAGGCGACACCCACGGCAAAGAGCAGUCCGGCGUCGGGGUUCGGGACGCGCCAAAGCUGGACUUCAGAUCUGGGCGGCCGCGGGCCCAAGCCGGCGUGGAGACGUCACCGCAUCUGGCCAGGCCGGGAGGCGGUGGCAGGACCCCUCCAGCUGUCCCUACCCUGCACCGAAACCCGGCUUUGGGAGCUGCGGGCCACACCCGGAGACACCGGCGGCCGGAGAGGGCCAAGAGUCAGGCUUCUCCGACGCUACAGGUCUUCUUAAUUCUGCGGAAGGGACUUGGGACUCUUACUCACCGCGCCUGAUGUCUACACCACGGUUUUGGAGAAGCUGUCAACUCUGACAAACGAAGGAGUUGAAGGAAGCCAGGGGAGCUGCACCUGCCAACACCGCUGAAGCCCCAGGGCGGACCCCUCCCUGUCUGUUCUUUAAAGGUGCUUGGACUUUACUUGAUCCUUUGAGGUCCAGCAGUUGGACUAUCUGAGCGUAAGUUCCCGAAAUGGAAAUUUGCACUCACUAUCUUGCACAAAUAUUUUAAUUUUGAAUGGCCUGGACUGAACCAGGGGGCAAGGGUCCUUUGUGCCAUAGCCCUUGCGAAUCCUGAAAAAGCUGCAACCCUUCAGCUGAGAGUGGAAAGACAAUGCUUUAGACACCCAGAGAAAAUUCCCAGCUAGAAAGAAAGAGAGGAAAAAGCUCCAAGUGUAGUUAGAAAACUCAUAUUUGUACAAAAAUCCUUUGAGUCUUAUCUGACAGUGAAUGUCUUUUUCCAGUUUUGUUUGUUCUUGAAUCUCUCAGCAACCUUUUGCCUGCGUGACUCUUGAGAUUCGUUCCCAGCAAAGGUGACUGAUGGAUCUUUUAGGAAUUCAUGCUUUCAAGUUGAUUUUCCGUGUUGGUCAUCGAAGCUGCUUCACUUUAGAUACUUUAUGGGAUGUUCAUGAAGGGAACUGGGGGGUGAGAUUUCUCGGAGUGUCUCUAAAGACAUUAUUCAUAAUUAAAACAAAUGAUGCAUGGAAA